CAGAUCAGUGAUCCGAAUAGUGGACUCUCCAAUGCUAAGUAAGCCCUGUUCUGCGGUAAAGAUGGCGGCUGCGGAGGGGGCGCGUAGUGGCCGGAGGAAGACGGAACGACCCUGAAGGAAUUAGACAUUCUGGGCCGAGGGAAUAAAACAGUGCCGCCUCGUUAUCCAGUUGACCGUAGUCGUAUCGUUGGAUAAACCGAUUUGUCACACGAUUGUUAGUUACCGUUGGAAGCAAGGUGGGUUGUGUCGGGGAGGGGGGAUCUAGCUAGCUGGUGAAACUACACGUUAGCUAGCCUGCUAGUGAGGCUGGAAGGGUUUGAGGAAUACAAUUCCGAAUAGGCCAUUCCGCCGUUGGGGGAUGUGAUCCAGCAGGGAGGUGGGUUACGUCCCGCGGAUCACUACUCGUAAUUAGGAAUAUGGGACAACAGGUAGGCCGCGUCGGGGAGGGGGCUUCAACGGGGCUCCAGCCGUCUCAACCGCAGUCGCAACAGCAGCACCAAGGAAGGACGAACAGGAGCAGCGCCGGGAGAAGACCAAGGGAAGCUUCCACUACCGGAACGCCACCAGGCAGGGCUGUCGCUGUCAGCGUGCCUGAUCCGGGGAUCAAUAUAUUCACACAGCAUUCAGAAGCCCUCCACCGUCCGUUCGGAGUGGACACGGCCGCUCUGACUGAGGCGGUGCGCUGGAGCUCGAAGGAGAACCUGCUGGGUGCUGCCGAGAGUGACCCCAACCUCUUUGUUGCACUGUACGACUUCGUAGCCAGCGGUGACAACACGCUGAGCAUCGUGAAAGGAGAGAAACUGCGGGUGCUGGGCUACAACCAGAAUGGGGAGUGGAGCGAGGUGCGGUCCAAGAACGGGCAGGGCUGGGUGCCCAGCAACUACAUCACGCCGGUGAACAGCCUGGAGAAGCACAGCUGGUACCACGGGCCCGUGUCGCGCAGCGCGGCCGAGUACCUGCUCAGCAGCCUGAUCAACGGCAGCUUCCUGGUGCGGGAGAGCGAGAGCAGCCCGGGCCAGCUGUCCAUCUCGCUGCGCUACGAGGGCCGCGUGUACCACUACCGCAUCAACACCGCCUCCGACGGCAAGGUGUACGUGACGGCGGAGAGCCGCUUCAGCACCCUGGCUGAGCUGGUGCACCAUCAUUCCACAGUGGCCGACGGGCUGGUCACCACGCUGCACUACCCAGCCCCCAAGUGCAAUAAGCCCACCGUCUACGGCGUGUCGCCCAUCCACGACAAGUGGGAGAUGGAGCGCACCGACAUCACCAUGAAGCACAAGCUGGGCGGCGGCCAGUACGGGGAGGUGUACGUCGGGGUCUGGAAGAAGUACAACCUCACCGUGGCUGUAAAGACACUCAAGGAGGACACCAUGGAAGUGGAGGAGUUUCUGAAAGAAGCCUCAGUCAUGAAAGAAGUGAAACAUCCCAAUCUGGUGCAGCUAUUAGGUGUGUGCACACUGGAGCCCCCCUUCUACAUUGUGACGGAGUACAUGCCCCACGGGAACCUGCUGGACUACCUGCGCGAGUGUGACCGGGAGGAGGUCAACGCCGUGGUGCUGCUCUACAUGGCCACGCAGAUCUCCUCCGCCAUGGAGUACCUGGAGAAGAAGAACUUCAUCCACAGAGACCUGGCAGCGAGGAACUGUCUGGUUGGGGAGAACCACGUGGUGAAGGUGGCGGACUUUGGACUCAGCCGGCUGAUGACCGGAGACACCUACACUGCCCACGCUGGAGCCAAGUUCCCCAUCAAGUGGACUGCUCCAGAGAGCCUGGCCUACAACACUUUCUCCAUCAAAUCUGAUGUCUGGGCGUUUGGAGUGCUGCUUUGGGAGAUCGCCACCUACGGCAUGUCGCCCUACCCGGGAAUAGACCUGUCUCAGGUGUACGACCUGCUGGAGAAAGGCUACCGCAUGGAGCAGCCUGAGGGCUGUCCGCCAAAAGUGUACGAGCUGAUGAGGGCCUGCUGGCAGUGGAGCCCUUUGGAUCGACCUUCAUUUGCAGAGACUCACCAGGCCUUUGAGACCAUGUUCCACGACUCCAGCAUCUCUGAAGAGGUAGCAGAGGAGUUGGGGAAGACGGCCUCCUCCUGCCCCGGUGUGCCGGUUCACCCCUUCGGCCCGGACCUGCCCCUGCUGCCCUCCAAAUCCCGUACGCUGAAGAAACACACCGAGAACAAGGAGAACAUCGAGGGGGGGCUGGACGGCAGGCAGGACCCCCCCAGCCACAGUGGCCCCUCAGGCCUGAUGAGCACCCUGCUGGGAGGGGAUGCAAUGGGAGGCUCCCCAGCCCUGCCCCGCAAGCAGCGCGACAAAUCCCCCAACAGCCUUCUGGAGGAGUCUCAGGAGACCACGUUCACCCGGGACCGCAAGGCCGGCUUCUUCAGCUCCUUCAUGAAGAAGAAGUCGUCCACCUCGUCCUCAUCCCAGCCGCCGCAGAGCCUGCCCACCCCGCCCAAGAGGAGCAGCUCCUUCCGCGAGAUGGAGAACCAGCCGCACAAGAAGUACGAGCCCGCGGCCGCCUUCGCCGGCUUCGGCUCGCCGCCCCCCGCCCUGCCCCAGGCCGACGGGCUGGGCUUCUCGCCGUCCCACGGAGAGGGCAACCACGUCCAGGCGCGGUGCUGCGGGGCCAGCUUUGGACAGAAGACCUCCAGCAGCUCCGCGCCCACGGGCAGCAGCAGCAGCAGCAGCAGCAGCAGCUGGGCGGGGCUGGCGGGCUUCUUCACGCCCCGCCUCAUUAAAAAGACCCUGGGGCUGCGGACGGGCAAGUCCUCCUCGGAGGACGGGGGCGGAGGGGCCAAGCCCUUCCCCCGCUCCAACUCCACGUCGUCCAUGUCGGCGGGGCUGCCGGACCUGGAGCGCAUGGCGCUGACGCUGCCCAGGAACCGCAGCAAGCCCCCGCUUGAGCGCACGGCCUCCACCACCUCCACCGCCUCGCAGCCCGAGAACGGGGCGGCCCGCUCCUCCGAGGCGCUCCUGCGCCGGCUGGACGAGGGCACGGCGCAGAUCCGGGAGCGGCCCAAAGCCAAGCUGCUCCCGCGCGGGGCCGCGGCGACCAGAGCCCCGGGGGUGGGGGGCGAGGCCGACCCGGACUGCCACCCGCGCUCCAGGGAGGGCCAGGAGGGGGCCGCGCAGGACCGGCACGGCUGGUCGUCCCCCUCCAAGUCGUCGGGCCAGGGCCCGUCGUCGACGGCCCCGCACAACCACAAGGUGCCGGUGCUGAUCUCACCCACGCUGAAGCCCGGCCCCGCUGACGUGCACCUGGUGGGCGUGGACUCUCAGGGCAACCGCUUCAAGCUGCUUUCGGAGCACCAGGGCGACCGCGACCGGCCCCGGCUGGUCAAGCCCAAAUGCGCCCCGCCUCCGCCCCCCACCCUGCGCCUCCUGCAGCACCUCCCCUCCUCCUACAGCGGGGACGGGGCCGAGGAGCAGGGCGGGGUGGAGGUGAACGGCGACGGGGUGAAGCGGCCGGGGAGGGGGACCGGAGGGGGAGGGGGGAGGCCCAUGGUGCCGCCGCCGCAAGUGCCUCCGCCCCCCUCGGCCGUUGCCGUCGGCAACACCACCCCGACCAAGAUGGCGAACGGCGCCACAGGCUCCAAGGUGGCCCUGCGGCGGACUCGGCAGCAGGCGGAGCGGGGGCCCCUGGAGAAGGUGAGCCGGGAGGCCCUGCUGGAGUGCGCGGAGGGCCUGAGCAGCGCCCUGCACGGCAGCCCCGAGCCCUCCUCCAGCAGCCUGGUCCUGGACGCCGGACACCAGCUGCUGGACUGCUGCUCGGGCUACGUGGACUGCAUCCCGCAGACGCGCAACAAGUUUGCCUUCAGGGAGGCCGUGGGCAAGCUGGAGCUGAGCCUGCAGGAGCUGCGGGCCUCCUCGUCCGGGGGCCCGGGGCCCAGCCCCGCCUUGGACAACCUGCACACCUGCAUCAAGGAAAUCAGCGAUGUGGUACAGAGGUAGCCGCAGCGACCUCUGCCUAGCCACCUUCUUUCGGUCAUUGUGUUUCAGAUUUUGGGGCAGAGAACAAUCUCAAAUGUACCUCAGAAAUUCACUACGCAUUGUCUCAUUGUUUACAGCCAACUCUCGUAAGUCUGUGGGGAGCACAGUUGUUACCUUGCAUAAUGUUUAUACCAAACUAGAAGAGGUAGUCCCUCUUUCACAAAAACGUGUCCUUCCUUGUUGUGUAAUUUGACACUGGGUUGUAACAUCUUUGCUGCCAAAGGUCAUCAGCAGUGUACUGUAACAGUGAGUCUCACUGAUGGCCUGUAGAGAACUAGCCAAGCUCCUCAAGCAGGGAGUGCUGUUGGCUGCAACUAUUUUGAAGCAACAGUAUUUGAUGGAGCAACUGGCAUGAGUCUUCUGGUUUGGUAUGACAUCUCAUUACAGAGCACAUGUACACACCCUCAGCCCAACUGGAUUCCCUCGCGUGAGACACUAUACACAGACCCCGUCCCACACCAUGUCUGGAACAUGCAUGAAAUGUCAGCUUUCGUUUGGUGCAAAGCUGUCGUCUGUCCUGUGUAACGGCAGCCUGUCAAUCCCUCCUUUUUCAACAGUGUGCUUUUUUAUUUUCUGUUGCAGAAGUAAACUAUCGUGUGCCAUUCAUGGUUCCCCUCAACCGAAAAUGUAAUUUGACUUUGCACUUAAAGAUCUUUUCUGACACGGGGUGUUGCCGUCACAUUUCAUUAAGGCCUUCAUGUUCAGAACGUCCAUUUUUGCAUUUUUUCUGUCGCAUUAAUAACAAAAAAUAUCAGUUCGAGGUUCUGGCAGAAACUCCCUUGCACGUAUGCUGUAUGACUUGUUUGUACAAGUGGUCUAUGAAAGAAAAGAGCCUUUAUUAAAGUUAGAAUGGGACACUUUGGCAGGGACUGUGUUACUGGGGACAGAGCCAGCUGUAGCUCAUCGAGUCCUUGCGGGUUGGAAGUUGCAGGUUAUCCUGUCACGGGUCUGUGUAACGCCUGGUGUCUCAAAUGCAAAACAACUGUCCUGGGAAAACUGAAGUAGUUGAAACACAAGCUACAGUACUUCUCUAGCACAUUUGCAAUAUAUGGAUUAUUUCAGUAGAAUGUCUUCAUGUAUAAACUUGAAUUUAAUUUUAUUUAAUUGAAAGCACAGAUGUCUUUUUUUGUUUGUUUUAAAAAAUAUAAAAAAAGACCUUACAUUGUUUCAUAUCAUGGUAAAGUACUCAAGACCACACUUGCUUUCUUAGCCUUUGUCAGAUAUGAGGUGCGACAGUGAGAGAGCUCCGUGGCUGUGGGUUCCCUGUCACACGGAUGAAUGUAUGCUUUCAUUUUUUUUUAAACGCGAAUGUUGAAGUCAACAACCUGCGGACAGUGUGGACUGAAGUGACUUAUGUGAUGGGGUAGUGCAACUAUGUCUGCUUGUCUUUGCUUUUCUAUGUCACUGUUAAUCUGAGAUGAUACAUCUUUCAUUGUAAGAGCCUCUCGGAGAAUGUUUCAGGAAAAUGGCCCUCUUCAGGCUGUGUCAAAAUAGAUGGGGAUCUUUAAUCAGAUUUUCUGAAAUGUUAGCAGCGAUGGCUUGGAGAAAGGCUCUCUUUUAAAAGGAAAAGCACCAUGAAUCUGGGAAUACCUGCAGGUCCUAUGAUGUAUCAGCCUAAAAUGGUGUAAAACCAGGAAAUGUCACAGCGACUGUCAAAACCAUUCCUGAAGUGUAGACAUUUUCCCCUCGGAUGAAGGAGCUGCCAAAAGCACAUUUGAAACGCAGCAGUGUGCGGUAGAAUGUCCUGCAUUCUAAUUUGUCAGCAGGUUCCACAUGCAGUCACAAGGAUUCAUCCCAGCGGGAAAGGGGGCGGGCAUUUCAGCUCAUCCCCGGCCCUCUCCCACUUACAGGAAAACUAGCUAAAAACACACUGGACUGUGCCAGUGUCUCAGCACUCUGGUCUUCAGCUCAGUUCCCAUUAUGUUGCCAAACAUUUCAUUUUGUAUUUUUCAGUUUUGUGAUGAGGUUGCAUGUGUGCUUAUCUUCACUGCAAUGUUUCACAAGAGAUUAGUGGGAAAUAAACCGUCCCUUCAUCUCCCUGGAUGUUUUUCCUGAAAAGGCCUGUAGUUAUAGCUUCAUUAAAUGCAUUGCUUCUCAAACGCAUUAUGCCAGUCAAAUUUUGAGAAGAUGAUGUAUAAUAGGCCUGGGUCAAAUAUGUAAAUUGAAUGUUGGAUUCAGAUAUUUUUCUACAUUUUGCUGAGCUUAUGUAUUGGAACCUAUGAAAUGCUCUCAAAAGUGCAAGCCCCACCUUCUAGUCCUCUUGGUUGGCUCAGUUGCACCAGGCAAGAUCUGUUGAGCACAGAAAAGUAUUUAAAUCCAAAACAAUGAUGUAUUUGAGCCAGGUCUGGUUGCCUUGUAAGAAGCCAUGUAGACUGUAACAUGUAAAAUAAGAAGAAUAUGGUUUUCUUAUACAUGUGAAAAUGCUGCUCCUGACUGGCGUGAAAGACCAACAUUACAUUUGUAAUCCUAGCCAAACAAGUUUUUCUCCAGCAUCCAUUUUAUCACGAUGGCCUUAAUUUGAAGUUUUGUUUCCUCAUCUCACUCCCAAAUCUAAUUCUGUAUUCUGUAAUCUAACUGCCAUUUCUGCUAUCAACACGACGCUAAAAAAGCAGGAUCACGCAAAUAAACGCUAAAUCAUUUGGCCAAAUCCACAGAAAAUUGUCUUUUUUCGAUGUGGGAUUUCAGAAAGAUUUUUUUUUUACCUACUGGAUACAAUGUUGCCCAAUGAUUCAUGGUGCCUUUUGUGAAAGAUUUAAUGUAUUGUGCACUACUCAAUUCAGAGACAUUUAUACAGUUACCUGUUAUUGUAAAUACUUUUUUGUAUCAUUGUUUUCAGAAAUUACUCACUUUACAAUGCGGUUUAUGGUUAAGUGGAAUUUCAGCCCUAUAGAAUAUAUUUCUGUUGCCAAGAACAAUAUCUGCCAAUUUACUUUUAAAUUUUGCCUCUUGUGUAUGAAUUGGUUGCUUGACGUGUCCCAUUUCUCUGCAAAGCCAGAGCUGUUGGUUAGCCCUGGUGUUUGUGUGACCUAUAUGCUUGCGAGAAUCAGCAUUGCACAACUUGGUGCCAUUUCCUGUUGUUCGGGUCCUAACACAGCACAGAAUGUUUUCCAUUCUUCCAGUUUAUAGUUUUACUGCAGCUGAAUAGCAGGUAUUGAAUAUUGUGUUUUGCCCAUGAGCCACCUCCGAUAGUUGUCUGUGCACAUUCUGUCCAAGUUUGUCUGAUUUGACUUCCGCAUUUGUCAGUCAAAUAUCUUUUUGUAAUUUUUUUAAUUUAUUGUCAUGCAAACCAUAUUGCUUAUCAUGCGCAAGUCUCUUGUUUUAGUCAGACUGCCCUAUUAUAGCAAUCAUUAAUUUUCCAAAUCAUUAGAAAUAUAGACAACUUGAGUAUUAAUACACUCUAAAUCCUAGAACUGCCUUUUGUUUCUACAUUCAGGGAAAUGAUGUCAAUUAAUUCACACUGUAAAAAGCUUCAGAAGAAGCUACUGCCAUCUACUCCCUCUCUUUUUCCUGAGCCAAAUGCAGUCUUCCUGCUCACAAAGCCAUUCACACAUCCCAGUCAAGUCAAGUCAGGCUCACAAGUGUCCAAACAUUUCACUUUGGUAAUUUUGUAUAUCAGUGUCCAAUUUUUGCCCAAAAUAUAUUGUGCAUACAUUCUUUUUUUAUUUAUUCAGUUUUAUUUAUUAUGUUUUAUAAUCAUUUUGAAGCCUGGAAGUCACAUCCUGGGAAACAGUCUGUCUUUCUUGUAUUUUUUUAAGCAGUGCUGAAGAAAAUUUUCGUAAGCAUCGUUUAUACCAAAGGCCACUUCUUCAGUUCUACUAGUGCAAUGAAAACCUAAACACUUCUUAACUGUAAAUAUGUGAAUUUUAACAGGGAUGAAAAAUGGCAGAUGUUAACAAAUUAACACUAUCAGUAUUUUUCUUUCUUUUUUUUAUUGUGAAAUAUAUAUUUUGUGUGUUUCUAAUUUAAAUCUCACAUUGAAUAGUGUAUUACUGUGAAGUUUUCUUUAUCAGUGUUAAAAUUGGUGUAAAUAAUAAAUAAAAAUGAAAAAGAUAAAA